CCACAAAAAUAAAAACAAAAUCAAAAUUGUCAAGUUCAUUUUCAAACAAUAACAAACCAAAACAUUUUAUACAUACUUUUGCAAGAGAAGCUUUCUACAAUUUAAAAUAUUUUUAUUCCUAUUAUACAUAGAACUUGGAAGAUCGUCUAUGGCAGAUAGCCGCCGCAAGCGUGGGCUGCUGUCGCCUCCCACCUCCAGGGCCAAGCAACCGAGGACUGAAGAUAUUGCCAUAGGAGCUUCGUCUGCUUCAACCCAAGCAUCAACAAGUGGUAACACUAAGGUUAAGACAAAUAAGUUUGCAAAUCCAAAAAAACGCGAACAUUCCCAGUCGCGUUCCCGUUCACAAGAGACUUUACCCCAACAGAAGGAGAAAAAAAGCGGACACAGAGAACCGAGUCCACAGUCUCGUCGUUCUUCUCGCUCCAACCCAAUCGAUAUCGCCGUACUAGAUAUAGAAGGACCCGAGCACAGAGGCCGAAAAAAACACAAAUCGACGCAAGGACAACAACAACAACCUUCCGCUUCUACAGAUAAAAGCGGCUUUAGAACGAAACCGGAGGACAAAUCAAAGAGUGAUAAAGAGAAAAGUAAUAAGAAGAAGGUUAAAGAGGAUAAAACUGAGUUGAGAAAGACAGCAGGGGGAGAGGAUAAAAGUGCAACAACAAGGAAGAGUACAAAGAGUAAACCCAAAUCGAGGCAUAGUUUGAAUUUGGUGUCUAUUGAGGACUUGGAUGCGAGCACUUCUAGUGCUAAUAAUACAUAUCCACAGGUACACAAAUAUCCAUUGCGAAACCAUUCUAAACCAACCGCAUCUGGCCACCAACAGUUACAAGGUACAAGUACCGCUUCAUCUGUGGAAAACGAACAAUUUAAAAGGACCUCGUCCGGUAAACGAGAACUGACAGCGCUGGGUGCAGCGUCGAGCAGUAGUACCGCGAGCAGUAGCGCGGGCGGUAACCGCAGACAAGGCACGGUUCACGCGCCUGCGCCACCAGUCGCGAGCGUGUCCGAGUCCUCCGUAUCCGAGCAGCAGCAGCAGCUUCCUCCGACCGGGUUAAGGCAGCCUCGACUCACGCGCAGCGGGGCUUUGUUGAGAAGGAGCACUAGGAGCGCUAAAGGUCAAGGUACGUCAACAACGGGUUCGUGCGCCAGCUCGAGCAGCGGCGGAGGGGGCGCGGGGACGACGAGCGGCGGGCGACGUGUCGCGGCCGGGGGCGGCAGCUCAGCGGCGUGCAGGACCUCGAAGAGCGGCUCCGCCCCGCCUCCGACUCACGUCCAUCCCCCGCCACCGUCUUUGCUGCCAGUGCCGCUUAACGCGGCUGCCGCCCGCGCCAUGGCGGCCGAUCAACCGCAGGCCGAUUUACCCAAUAGCGGAUUACAAAUGCCUACAGAUGAGCCGCCGUCCCCUCAAGAGGCCACACAGGCUUUAUCGGCGAGCGGGGGGCCCUCGGGACCAGGACCGGACUCCGAAAGCGACGACAGCGAAGUGGGGCGUCUGCAGGCGCUGCUUGAGGCCAGGGGCCUUCCGCCACAUUUGUUUGGGGCGCUCGGUCCCAGGGUGCAACAUCUCAUCCACAGGACCAAUUUGGGAUCCAAUAACUUAUUCUUUCCAGCAGUAGCAAGAGCUCAAGCCCUCAUUCCCGGUCUUCAAGCGAACGGCGACGAAGGCCAGCAACUUCAAGCGGUGAUAGAGAUGUGCCAACUUUUAGUCAUGGGAAACGAGGAGAUUUUAACUGGGUUUCCCGUUAAACAAGUGGUGCCUGCCCUCGUUAAUCUUUUGCAAAUGGAACAUAACUUUGAUAUUAUGAACCACGCUUGUCGCGCUUUGACAUACAUGAUGGAAGCUUUACCCAGAUCUUCGGCAGUGGUGGUGGAUGCCGUUCCGGUUUUUUUGGAAAAAUUACAAGUUAUCCAGUGCAUGGAUGUCGCUGAGCAAUCUUUAACCGCCCUGGAUAUGUUGUCCAGGAAACACUCCAAGUCUAUAUUACAAGCGAAAGGAGUAUCGGCCUGCUUAACCUACUUGGAUUUCUUUCCUAUAAAUGCCCAAAGAAACGCUUUUUCCGUCACGGCCAAUUGUUGCCUUAACCUCACAUCCGAAGAGUUCCAAUACGUUCAGGACUCUUUACCGUUGCUUGCCUCAAGACUAACCCAACAAGACAAAAAGUGCGUCGAGUGCAUUUGUUUGGCCUUUUCACGACUGGUAGAUAGUUUUCAAUUGGAACCGACCAGACUACAAGAGAUCGCCAGUCCGGAACUCUUGACUAAUAUGCAACAAUUGCUGGUCGUCACUCCGCCCAUUAUCAGUACCGGUACUUUUAUAACGGUAUUGCGAAUGUUGUCGGUGAUGUGCGCCAAUUGUCCCGAUCUCGCUUUGACGCUCCUAAAGCAAAAUAUCGCGGAAACCCUUUUGUAUUUGUUAACCGGGUCGGCGGAAGUGAGUCAGGAUAAUAUCGAUCUUGUCCAAAGACAGCCUCAGGAAUUGUUUGAGAUUACUUGCUUAAUAGGGGAACUGAUGCCCAAAUUACCUACAGAUGGGAUAUUUUCGGUGGAUGCUUUACUGGAGAGACAAACGACGAUUGCUAAAGAUCAGCCGGUGUGGCAAUGGCGAGAUGAUCGCGGUUGGUGGCAUUCUUACGGUGCAGUUGAUAGUAGGAUUAUUGAGGCGGCGCAUCAAACGGGCGACGAUGAAGUUAGUUUAAACACUUUAGGUAGGAUAUAUACAAUUGACUUCCACUUGAUGCAGCAAAUAAACGAGGACACGGGCACCUCGAGGCCGGUCCAAAGACUUUGCACCCCGUCUAGUAAUAAAUCGAACUCGUCCGAACCCGCUCAGUCAACGAGUCGCCCGAGUUCGGCCAGUCGUGACGCCCGAGUCGCCUGUUUAAGGGAAGAACGGGGAUUAGCGGCCGCGUUUAUUCGAUCCCUAUUUUCGGUAUUGUACGAGGUGUAUUCCUCUAGUGCCGGUCCGGCAGUAAGAUGUAAAUGCCUAAAAGCGUUACUUCGUAUGGUUUAUUAUGCCAGUCCGGAAUUGUUGAGGGACGUGUUAAAGAACCAGGUGGUUAGCAGUCAUAUUGCCGGUAUGAUGGCCUCUAGUGACUUGAGGAUCGUCGUGGGGGCCCUGCAGAUGGCCGAUAUUUUAAUGAAUAAGUUGCCUGAGAAUUUUGGAGUGAAUUUCAGGAGAGAAGGUGUUUUGCACCAAAUCAACCGUUUAGCCGACCCGGAAGUCCCUUUGGGAGUAAGCCCUCCUCAAUCAUCCGGUUGCAGCUCCGCGCUCAUAAAUAACAUCGAAUCUCAACCGAGUACCUCGCAACCUGGAAACACUCCUAAUUACAGCAGUACCUCGGCUAGUUCCAGUAAUUUUAACGUUACCGCUAACGGAUCUGCUACAACUCCGUCACUUUUGAGCGCUACUACCGAUUUCUUCAGUUCAACGCCGAAUAACGUGCAAUCUCUGCAGGACAGCGACGUACGCGCCCAAAGUCCCGCGUUACGGAUUAGUGACGUUUUGAAACGGAAAAGGACGACUGGCAAACGAACCGGCUCUAAGACCAGACAAGAGGAUUUACCGUUAUCACCGUCACUUAUGCAGGACUUUUUCAGUAAAGCUGCUUCGCUUACUAAUUCGUGUAAUGCCUCCUCUACACCGGCUGGAACGCAACGAUCUAGGUGUAGCGGCUCCUCGUCAAAAACCAGCUUCCUACAAAGCCUUAACCCAGCCAGAUGGGGCAGAGCGGUAAACUCGUCGCACGAAAGGAAUUACAGCAAAGAUUCCCUGAACAAUUUGUCGAAAUCCGCCUCGAAUUCCCACAUUACCGCAGGUAAUAGAGAAAAAACCCGCACUUGGAUCAGAGAGCAAGCCAACAAGUUUAUCGAAGCCUAUUCAAGUCACGAAAGUGAACACCAACCGGCCACGAACGUGCUUGCCCGCCUAAAGUCCGCCAUAGAAAAACUACCGACGGGCAAAUGCGUGGACGCCUUGGUGGAAUUGCGAGAUAUCCUAAUCGAGUCGGACAUUUCGCCCUUCGAGGUUAAUUAUUCCGGGUUAAUUAAAGCGUUGCUCGCUUAUUUGGCCGAUGUCACGGGUCCAUUCGAUCGGGAUCAGAGAUUGAGGAUAUUUUUGAACGUGUUCGCCGAAUUACCGCUCGAGAGCAACGUGAGGGAGAUUAGCGAAGUUAAUUCGACGUGGAUGGGCGCGUUAGUCUCGAAGUUAAACGGUUGCGUAUCGCAACUGGAACAAUUUCCGGUAAAAGUACACGACCUUCCAGCCAGUUCGGGGGCGGGCCGGGGAGACACUAGUGCCCUAAAGUUCUUCAAUACGCACCAGCUCAAAUGCCUUUUACAGCGUCAUCCGAGCUGUCACAAUUUGAAGCAAUGGAAAGGCGGCACGGUCAAAAUAGAUCCUCUAGCAUUGGUACAUGCCAUUGAAAAGUAUUUAAUUGUAAGAGGUUAUGGAAGACUGAGAGAUAAAGACUCCGCGGACAGCGACGACGGCGACUCCGAGACCGACAUCGACGACACGUUGGCCGGGGUGGCGAUAUCACAGAGCGGCAAUAGACAUAAGUUACAAUUUUUAAUCGGUGAUACAGUUCUUCCGUAUAAUAUGACCGUGUAUCAGGCUGUGAGGCAGUUUUCUAAUAACGGUAACGACCAAAGUGAGACCGACACGGACAACGAGAUGCCGUUGGGAAACGCCGGCGUAUGGGUUCAAACACAUGUGAUAUAUUACAGGCCAUUGAAGGAAGACCUGCCGGGCCAUGGACAUAAAGGCAGCGGCAGCAGUAGUAACCAUUCGAGCCGUAAGGGCAAAGGGUCUUCCGGGAAGGGUAGUACCUCGAGAAGAGGGAAGGGAGAUGAUCUCUGGAAUGAAGGUGUGACUCCUCAAACACUUUCUCCACUAGCGCCAUAUCUAUCAACCGAGCUGCCAGAAAAUUUAACAAUCCAAGACGCCUGCUUGGAAGUACUGUGCCUACUAAGAAUAUUGCACGCCUUAAAUUUGUACUGGGGCACUCUAUAUCCCCUCGUAGAAUACAGGCCCAUUUUACCACUCUCGGAGUUUAUAAAUUCAAAGAUCGCAGCAAAAGCGAGCCGACAACUCCAGGAUCCCCUAGUUAUAAUGACCGGGAACCUGCCGAAUUGGUUACAACAAGUGGCCACGGCCUGUCCCUUUUUAUUCCCGUUUGAGACGAGGCAGUUACUCUUCUACGCGACUUCGUUCGAUAGAGAUCGGGCGUUGCAACGGCUGUUGGAUAUGUCUCCGGAGCUCAGUUCGAGUGACUCUCAAGAACGCGUCACACCACGUUUAGAUCGAAGGAAACGAACGAUUUCGAGGGAAGACAUAUUGAGGCAAGCGGAGCAGGUGAUUCAGGACCUGGCGGGUUCCAAGGCCCUGUUAGAAGUGCAAUACGAAAACGAAGUCGGUACAGGUUUGGGCCCCACUUUGGAAUUCUAUGCUUUGGUCUCGAAGGAGCUACAAAAGCAUAACCUAGAGCUUUGGUACGCCCCGAACGCGACCCAAUCGGAGAGCGAGUACGUGCACAACCAGAGCGGACUGUUUCCGGCGCCGGUGUCGCGCGGCGCCAAACUCGGCCCCGUUACCAAAGUGAAGAGUAAAUUUAGGUUCUUAGGCAAAUUUAUGGCGAAGGCUGUGAUGGACUCCAGGAUGCUGGAUCUACCGUUCUCGCUCACGUUCUACCGCUGGCUGUUGGGACACGAGCAGUGCCUUAGUUUGGCCGAUUUGAAACACGUCAGUCCGGACGUGUACGUUACCAUUAGGAAAAUGCAGGAGAUCGUCAGGCAACGGGACGAGGUGCUCAACGAUGGGGAUUUGAGCGAGGAGGAGAAAAGCGAGAGGGUGGAAAAGCUCGAAUUCGACGGUUGCCCGAUCGAAGAUUUAGGCCUGGACUUUGUGAUACCCGGGUAUAACGUCGAACUGAUUAAGAACGGCAAAAACACCCACCUCACGAUACAUAACCUACAUACGUAUGUAAAGGUGAUGACCCACUGGAUGCUGUACGAAGGCGUCAGUCGUCAAAUGGAGGCGCUAAAAGAGGGAUUCGAUUCGGUGUUUCCAUUGAAAUGUUUACGUGUCUUCCAGCCCGACGAGCUCGAGCAAGUGUUUUGUGGCAGUCCCAAGGAUCACGUGGCGGGUUGGGACGUGAAAACCUUGAUGGAGUGCUGCAGACCGGACCACGGAUACACGGCCGACUCGCGGGCGAUUCGGUUCCUUUUCGAGGUACUCAGCUCUUACGAUUACGAGGAGCAACGGAUGUUUGUGCAGUUCCUUACCGGCAGUCCACGGUUACCAGUCGGAGGUUUUAAAGCUCUAUCGCCGCCAUUGACGGUUGUCCGUAAAACCCUGGAGCCGAACAUGAACCCCGACGACUUUUUACCGUCGGUGAUGACCUGCGUGAACUACCUCAAGCUCCCGGACUAUUCCAGUAAAGAAGUGAUGCGCGACAAGUUGAGCGUGGCCGCCUCCGAGGGUCAACACUCGUUCUAUCUAUCGUAAACGCUCCCCGGAACUGUUGUUUAAAUGUAUAUAAUUUAAGGUGUCUUCUCGAUUGAAUUUCUCGUUUUUUUCUUGGGUUUUUUUUUCUCAUAAAAAAAAAUAAUUAUAGCGAAACGUUUUAUCCUAUGGUAAAUUGUUACGUUUUAUGGUGGAUUAGUAAACGCUGCCGGUCGAUUGGGGGAAAUUUGAUAGAUGGCUCGUAUGGGGUGUCCCCGGGUUUUUUGAAGAGUGGGCGUUGACCAACGUUGAUUAACGGUAAAAAUGUUUUUGGUAAUUUCUAGAAUAAACCGGCUAAGGCUUUGUUAUCUUAAAUGAAUGUGUGCCAUUCACAAAAACGUUUCGAAUUGUUUUCAAAGUCUACUUUUCGAUAAAUCGGCAGUUCUUCGUGGGACACCCUGUAUAUUAUUGUAUAUUUCGAAGUGUGUAUAUAAUCUUAUAAUAACGCGUGGGUGGAUUUAAUAUAUUAUAGUAUGCAUUUGCGGUUUCUUUUCUCCUAAAUUAUUGGAAAUAAAACGAAUCGAGUGCCUGUAGUUUUUACGGUUGCGUCACGUUCUUUUGUAAAUACUACGGGACAUAUCUUGUGUAUAUAAGUGUGAAUAUAGAGUGUAUAAAAUAUCCUAAUCUAAUGGCCUUAUAUAAUACGAAUGAGGCUCUCAUUUAUUUAUAUAUUAUAUAGACUAUUCGUGGACUAUCAAUAGACAUACGAGAGGUUUAAUACAAUAACUAACUGACAAUGCAAUAAUUAGAGACAAUUUUAUUUUUUAAGUGUGUAUUCGAAGUUUGCCAUGUACGGGGUGUUCCAAAUUCCCUUGGGAUAUCGAAAACUAUUGAGUUACCAGGUCAGUAUCUUAAAAUUUCAAAGAAUGUUAAUGUGUCCGAAGAUAUCCGGAAAGAAAAAAAUGUCACAUUAACAAUAAUUUUUAACUUGUUGCAACUUUAAGUAAAAUGGUUUUAAAAAGAUUAUUAUGUUGUUUACUUAGGAAUAUCCUCUAGUAGCAAAAAUAUUUUUCUUUGGUCUGGUAUAUACAAGUCCUAACUAUAUACAAGUUACAUGUAAUUCUUUUAUUUUUCUUGUUUUACAAAAAUAUCUACACUAUUGCCCAUAAAUAAAGCAACUUUGAAAAAAAUAUAUAAUUUUUUCUCUCUUUUUAAAAAUAGAUCUGCUAAUUUAAUAUGUAAUAAUAAAUCAAUUUUAUUGAGAGCUUAAUUUAAAUUUUUAAUAACCCAUAUAAUACUUUUGCAUUUGCUUUAGAUUUUACAACUUGUUUUUAUGUUGUGAAAAAUCUUGUGACGACUUUCGUUUUAUAUUAACAUGGAAGAAGUUGUCCAUUCUCAAUUCAGUGUACCAAAAAUUCAACACUUUACUUAAGAAAGUGACAUUUUUUCCUAUUUAUUUCCAAGCAUUUACUUGUAAGUAUCUACCUUUAUGUAAUACUGAUUUUAAUCUGGUUAAACCGUCAUCUUGGUUAGCUGCUGGUAUCAUCCAUGUAUUGUAAUAUUAUUCCUUUGUUUAACAAAUCUUUAAAAAUCACAUUAAUGAAAUGGUGAAAAACAUCUGGGGAAUUACAUAAACCAAAUAGUACCUUUAAAAAUUGAAACUGACCUUGAUGGGUCACGCAUGACGUAUAUUUGCAGGUAAUGGAUAAUCCUUACUUUAAUUCCAAGGCACUAAAAAUUCUAGUGUCUUAUAGUUUAUCUACUUGAUUCUUGAUUAAUGGCAGCGGAUAUAUAUCCUUAACAAUCUAUAGAUUAUUUUUUACAUGUCUAGAAUGCAUUCUCUAAAAGAACCAUCUUUUUUUCUAUUACAACUGAAUUUACGUAGUCGGAACUGCGGACUUCCACUAUGCCUUCAUCUAUUCAUUAUUGUACUUGAUCGAUAACAACGUCUUGGGAUGCAUAUGUUGGUUCAUUAUAAUCUUCAUUUCAACAUUUGUCAUCAUUCUUUUUUCAAGCAUUUGUCAUUAUCUUUUUUUUUUAUAUUUUCAUUUAUUAAUCCAAUUUCUAACUCAUCUUCAUCAAUGGUGUUUAUAUGAAGAAUUUCUUUUUUUUCUCUCAUAAUUUUCAUAGAUUGUUUUGUUAUUUGCACGCGAUUUUGUGCAAUGCUCUCUAAAAAUUCUAAUCCAAUUAUCCAAUCAUUCUUUUCCAGAUUUUUAACAGAAAGAACAUAAAAUCGAAAACUAAAUAAUUUAAUAAUUGAACCCUAUGCUGGAACAACGUUGUAACCGCCAAAUAUUGUUUUGUUGGGAAAUCAAAAAAAAAAACAAAUAACCGAUUGCUUAAUCAUAUGAAUUUAAUAUAUGGCUAAUAUCAAUAACACUAAAGAACUUAACCAUAGAGAGGCAUUGCAGACUUGACCACAUACAGAAUUCGGAUUUACGAGAAUAUUUUCCUUAUUUCAAUAAAACAACGUUGUAUAUCCACGUCGGUUACAACAUUGUUUUAGGAUGAAAAAUAAAGUUAAAGUGAAAAAAUAAUUUUUAUUUUUCAUGUCAAUUUAAAAUAAAACGAAACUACAUAUUUUUUGGCACCGCUUUUAAUAUUAUUAUAGAAAUUGAUAUAUUUUAAUGGAAUAUAAUCACACAUAUGUAAUAAGUUGGCAAGUUUCUCUUUUUUGAUUGGAAGAGGUUCAUUUUAGGCCUCCCGUAGGUCAUUCAGAGAUACUUCAACCAUCGUUUUCUUGGGCGAUUUUAGCGAAUACGACAUGGUUGAAUUGUGUUAUGGGAUUUUCUUAUCCGGACCAUACUGUUCGGGUCAUCCGAUGUUAUUUGAAUCCACACUCCCUGUGUUAUUUUGCAUUUAGGAUCCUUCCAAAUUGAAUUUUCUGCAUCAGUAAAAUCUUUAAAAAAUUUGUGGUGCAUAUAAAUAACUGUGAAGGGAUUGUUUACUUUUGAUUUGGCGAUCACAUCUGCCCACUGGAAUGGAACAUAAACCGAGGAAAGUUUUUUGACCUUUCAAUCUGAGCAAAGUCUCUAUCACAGGGACAGCUAUUUUUGACAGCUAUGUCCACUAAUCAAAAACUUUUGCUCCACCUGGGUAAAAUAUGUUUCUUUCAGUAAUAGUCAAAGCAAUAUUAUCAUCUUCCAAUUGUUAUUUUGUCCUACGCAUCGGUCCGACCAAACCACAAGUUUUCUUUCCUGCCCUCGACCAAGACGAUUGAAAUUUUGAGUGACAUAAAAUAGUAAUGCCGAUGCAAUCUCAGGUUUGGGCAAAAAGUAGUCUUAGCCUUUUCGAUUUCCCUUAUUUCGUGUUCAUUGAUCGUUGAGCAAAGUUUCAUGAACAGCUUGUCACAGUAUGAACACGUGUCUGAACUGGGAAGUCCAAAACGUAGGUUAAAUUUACUUUUAAAUAUAUAAUGAUAAGUCCUUAAUGAGACUUUACUUUGUGGGUAUUUUUCCAAGCCUAUACUUUUUUGAGAUGCUCAAAUCAGCUGGGCGGCAGUUCUUUGUGGAUGCAUUUCUGCUAUAAUGAUUUUCCUGCUGUGGAAAUGAAUUAAUAUGUUCACAUAUUUUCUCUGCAUCUGUUAGCUUUAGUUUUUUUGGGCGAUUCAUAUGCUUUGCACGUUGGUCAGUUAAAUAUUCGCACCAGAUUUUAUUUUAUCCACAAGGCACUGAAGUCGUCUCUGGGUGAUUGAGAAUAUAUAACAAACUGUUGAUUUGCAUACUGUUUGUUUGGCGGUGGGAUAUUGCCUCCUCAACCCUCCUUCUCUUCAGCUCUUGAAUAGAAAUAAUUUGUGAUAGGUAUUGGGAUUGACUAUCAUAACUUAGCUGUCUGAAAUUUUGGAAUAAUAUUUGUUGCUUUCCCACCAAUAAUUCAGCAGAGCACCCAUUAAGCGACUGAGAACACUUGCAUACACGUCUCUAAAAAUUAACACUGUUACUGAAUUUUAAAUGGUAGGUACUUUAAAUUAACUUACUUCAUCUGGGCUUUUUAAAGCUUCUUUAGGGACAUUUCUAGAUGAAACGUAAGCGUCUCCACUGUCUCUGCACCGUUUUCUGGCAUUCUGCUUCCAAUUGUCAAUCUGCAUCUUUCGCCUUUUUCCUCUAUUAAUCUGUGUCAUCACAGAGUUUGUCAAAGUAACAUCCAUUUCGGCUUAUAACAAUGAACAGCGCCCCUAACACACGUAUUAAUACAACACGUGUCUGAAACUUUAAAACGUUGGCGGCACAUACAACGUUGUUCCACAGAACGAAUGAAUUAGACUAAUUAAAAUGUCCCCACUACUUUGUCGAUGGAUUAUUUAGGUCGCAUACAACGUUGUUCCAGCAUAGGGUUCAAUUGAUAAUCCAUCAAAAAAUUACAUUAAACAACAUCCUAGUAUGGCAACACUGGAAUGUUUAAAUACUUUCUUUUACUAAAUUACCCUGACUUCCUGUGUCGAUUAUGUUUUCGCAUCUUAUUAAAAGUUAGAUUUAGAUUAGACCAAUAUGGCCAAAUUUAUUACAUUUAAAGCAAUUGGAUCCUAAACUUUUUGAUUUACAGUUACUUGACCUAUUGCAUUUUUGUCCACAAUUGAAACAUCUCAAAUAUUGCCUAUUUUCUGAAGUCCUGACUUUGAUUCAGUUUUAUAUAAUAUAAAUGAUCUGGAUGGUUUUUUGUCUAUAUUACAUUCUCUAUGCCUGCAUUCUGUAUUUCUUCAGAUAUUCCAUCAAUGACAAUGAAUUAGGGCUUGGUUUUCUAUAUUUCCUCUACUGUUUUUUUUCAUUCUUAUCUUUUUUUUCUUUCAGCCAGCAUCUUAUUCGACCGAGCACCAUUCAAAAUAGAACCAUAUUUUUAUUUGAGUAUUUUUUUAUCUGUUUCCAUGUUUCGAUACCCCUUUCAUUUGCAUAGAUAAUUUAGGAAGACCACAUAAUAUAGACUUUUUGCACAAAUAAGUACAUAUUUGCAGGUCAUCCUUCAACUAAACAGAUAAGCCAUAACCUCUUUCAGACUUAACCAUCAAAUUUACGAAUGGAAUCUUCAACAUCUCUAAAAAUCAUCCUAAACAUAAUGUUAGAUGUUUUCGUUGCUGUAGAGGAAGCAUAAUGUUUCGUGUUUGUAUUUUCAUCUUGAGAUUUUUCGUCGUCACUACUUAACUCUAAAUUAUCGUCGAAGAAGAAACAAUUCUUCAGUAGUGUCAACUCCAUCAAAAGAUUACAAAUAUCUUUUAUUAAAUCAUUUUUUUCAUCUUCAUAGUCUAAACACUACAAAAAUUAGCAAUACAAAUAUUGUCAUUUUGCGUAAGACUGUCAAUAAUAAGUUGAAUCUUGUCUUUAUCUUGUGAAUUUAUUAGACACCGAACAAAUUUUUGAACUUUAAACUCGGUAGAUUUAAUAUUUUUAUUAAUACCAGAUAUACAACACUUUUUGAAAAUUUAUAAAGAGAAAAUCUUGCAAAUAAUACAUAAAUCUAGUGUUCAUAAUAUAUUAUUUUAUCACUAACUUAUUUAUUUAUCUUGUAUACUGUUUCUUACAUUUUAUAGCAGUUACAACCAUCGAUAAAACAAUCAAUCAAGAAUAAUUUGUCUUUUAUAAAAUAAAAUAAAAUCGUACAAAUUAUUGUUAACGUUUACUUUUGAAGUAGCAUACCCCUUCUAUUAAAAUUAGAAAUGGUUCUAGAUACUACUAAAUUUAGGUCUUUGGCUAUUUUACGUUGCUUUUCACCAUUAUUUAGUUUCUCGAAAAUGUAUUCUUUAAUUUGUACAGACAAAUGUACAGAUCUUGGCAAGUUGUAUCUUUAUACUUUUAAAGUCACUGUCUGUAGAUGGUAUCUAUUUAAUUCCAAAUUAUAUUUUUGUCUGAGUUCCUAAUUAUUAUGAGAUUGAAUAUGUUUAUUUAAUAUUUUUUAAAAGUUGUUCCACAUGGGAAAUAGUGUAUACAUUACGUAUGACAGCGGUAAAGGAAAAUAAAACUAGUAAUAACCUUUGAUUUUUAAAUUUAAAGCAUGUUUAUGCAGUAAACAUUUCACAAACGUGGUAAAAAUUUAAUGAAACAUUUCCCUUUUGCUCAAAAGAAAACAUAUUUUAAUGUUCGUAUUAAAAAAAGCAAAAUCAAAAUGAAUGAGAUUUAUUAUCUAUCCAUAGGUUAACCAGAUUAACAUCUCAUUUUUUGCAUACAAAAAUUCCUUUAAAAAUAUCGCCAUAUACCUUUGCCAAAUUUACUAAAAAAAAUAAAUUUUAAAUUGCAGUUUAGUGUUCAAUUUUUACGGAAAUGCAGGUAGGAAUUCCCUACUUUGUCAAAUGUAGAGCCAUUUUUGGAAAAAUUACAUAUUUACGCGAUUUAUGAGUCAAUAAAUACACUGUUAUACUAUAUGCCAAUUUAAAAAAAAAUCAAUUACCAAUACUGGACAUACCUGACUGACCCAAAUUUGUAUGGAAUAUAGGGCAACUUCGAAUCAAACUUUCCUAACUAUUUAAUUGCUAAACCCUAAACGCCAUCUAUUAAGUUUCUACAAAUAACAUUGAAUUAUAUAAAUUCGAUAUUCUAGCACACUUAUUUCACUGGCCCAUUGCCGUAAGAGUAGCUACAGUUCAAUACAAAAUGCGUGUGAAACUGAAUUAAUUCUUAAACCUCAUUUCGCUAUUAUAUCAAUUAUUAAUGAUUAUUUAUAUAUAAGAGUGUAGUUGUGUCGGAAGGGCUUCGACUGAUCUGUGCAAUGUGGACACUUGUAGAUUCGCAACGAGUUAAGUAUAGUUGAUUUUAUUGCCGCACGAGGUGAUCCCGGACUAAUUCUGUAUUAUAGUUUACACUUUAAAUCCCGUACUAACCGUGUGUGUUAAAACGAUGCUACCAAAAAGCGGCUUGAAAAUAUAAGGACAAUCGUGGUAAAAAGCUGCGUUUUUUGCCAAUACUGUCGCGUUUAGGGGAUCACGAGUUAUUACUAUGUAAGUAACAGGAAAAAAAAACAACUUUUUUUAGUUUUAAACGAUUUUGUUUCAAAUAAAUUUGUAUACUUCA